AUAGAUCGAGAACCACGAGCGGAAAUAUACGCUUCUUUCAGCCAUGUUCGAGAAAUCGCUGUAUGACCUCAUCCGAGGUCUACGAAACCACAAGGGAAACGAAAAGGAGUACAUCCAGAGUUGUUUGAAAGAAUGCCGGACCGAGAUACGCAGCCAGGACAUGGGUCAGUCAACUGCGGCUCCCUUCAAAGGCCCGCCGAGCUGACUCGAAAGCGACAGACGUCAAGGCGACGGCCUUGCUCAAACUCGUCUACCUCGAGAUGAUCGGGCACGACAUGUCUUGGGCUUCGUUUCACGUCCUUGAGGUUAUGUCUUCACAGAAAUACCACCAGAAAAGGGUCGGCUAUCUUGCUGCGGUGCAGAGCUUUCGCCCUGACACAGACGUGCUGAUGAUGGCUACGAACCUCUUGAAGAAGGUGAACAGGCUUCCCUCGUUUUUCUUGUGAAGCCACCCGCUGACUCCCCGUCAGGAUGUGGCUGCAUCAACACCGAUCAUCAUCUCCCUCCCGAUCGCUGCCCUGCCUCAUAUCGUUACC